AUGGUAGUGGCAGUGCCCCUUCUGAACGUGACUGAAGCUGUAGAUCCAGGACUGAAGCUGCGAGGUGCGGGACUGAAGCUGCGAGGUGCGGGACUGAAGCUGCGAGGUGUGGGACUGAAGCUGCGAGGUGCGGGACUGAAGCUGCGAGGUGCGGGACUGAAGCUGCGAGGUGUGGGACUGAAGCUGGGAGGUGCGGGACUGAAGCUGCGAGGUGUGGGACUGAAGCUGCGAGGUGCGGGACUGAAGCUGCGAGGUGUGGGACUGAAGCUGCGAGGUGCGGGACUGAAGCUGGGAGGUGUGGGACUGAAGCUGGGAGGUGUGGGACUGAAGCUGCAAGGUGCGGGACUGAAGCUGCGAGGUGUGGGACUGAAGCUGCGAGGUGCGGGACUGAAGCUGGGAGGUGUGGGACUGAAGCUGCGAGGUGCGGGACUGAAGCUGGGAGGUGCGGGACUGAAGCUGGGAGGUGUGGGACUGAAGCUGCAAGGUGUGGGACUGAAGCUGCGAGGUGUGGGACUGAAGCUGCGAGGUGUGGGACUGAAGCUGCAAGGUGCGGGACUGAAGCUGCGAGGUGUGGGACUGAAGCUGCGAGGUGCGGGACUGAAGCUGGGAGGUGUGGGACUGAAGCUGCAAGGUGUGGGACUGAAGCUGCGAGGUGCGGGACUGAAGCUGGGAGGUGUGGGACUGAAGCUGCGAGGUGCGGGACUGAAGCUGGGAGGUGUGGGACUGAAGCUGCGAGGUGCGGGACUGAAGCUGGGAGGUGUGGGACUGAAGCUGCGAGGUGCGGGACUGAAGCUGGGAGGUGCGGGACUGAAGCUGCGAGGUGUGGGACUGAAGCUGCGAGGUGCGGGACUGAAGCUGGGAGGUGCGGGACUGAAGCUGGGAGGUGUGGGACUGAAGCUGCGAGGUGUGGGACUGAAGCUGCGAGGUGUGGGACUGAAGCUGCGAGGUGCGGGACUGAAGCUGCGAGGUGUGGGACUGAAGCUGCGAGGUGUGGGACUGAAGCUGCGAGGUGCGGGACUGAAGCUGGGAGGUGUGGGACUGAAGCUGCGAGGUGUGGGACUGAAGCUGCAAGGUGUGGGACUGAAGCUGCGAGGUGUGGGACUGAAGCUGCAAGGUGUGGGACUGAAGCUGCGAGGUGCGGGACUGAAGCUGGGAGGUGUGGGACUGAAGCUGCAAGGUGCGGGACUGAAGCUGCGAGGUGUGGGACUGAAGCUGCAAGGUGCGGGACUGAAGCUGCGAGGUGUGGGACUGAAGCUGCGAGGUGCGGGACUGAAGCUGGGAGGUGCGGGACUGAAGCUGGGAGGUGUGGGACUGAAGCUGCGAGGUGUGGGACUGAAGCUGCAAGGUGUGGGACUGAAGCUGCGAGGUGCGGGACUGAAGCUGGGAGGUGUGGGACUGAAGCUGCGAGGUGCGGGACUGAAGCUGGGAGGUGUGGGACUGAAGCUGCAAGGUGUGGGACUGAAGCUGCGAGUUGCGUCUGGAGCCCAAGAGGAGCGGGAGGAGAAGCGUUCAAAUGUUUACGCCAAAGGAAACCUCCUGCUUCCUGUAACAAGCGCAGAACAUGAUAUAUGA